UUGUACCAGCUGAAAAACACAAAGAUCAGUCAUAUCCUCCUUUACAGUAGCUGUACCAGUAAACAGAUUCCAAGCUCUCUGCAACCCCCUGGAGUUCUAGAUUUAGGUGCCUUUAUCUCUUUAAUGCUUUUGUUUUCAAACCUUGUUUAAUCUCCUGUAGGACAGUGAAUACUACAACUCUUUGAAGUGGAUCCUGGAGAAUGACCCUAAGGAGCUGGAUCUCAUGUUUUGCAUAGAUGAAGAAAACUUUGGACAGACGUAUCAAGUCGAUCUGAAGCCACAUGGGUCAGAAAUCAUGGUAACAAAUGCGAACAAAAGGGAAUACAUUGACCUGGUCAUCCAGUGGAGGUUUGUAAACAGAGUUCAGAAACAAAUGAAUGCUUUUUUGGAGGGAUUCACAGAACUUCUUCCUAUCGAUCUGAUUAAAAUUUUUGAUGAAAAUGAACUAGAGCUACUGAUGUGUGGCCUUGGGGAUGUGGACGUUAAUGACUGGAGACAGCACACAAUCUACAAAAAUGGCUACUGCCCAAAUCAUCCUGUCAUCCAGUGGUUCUGGAAGGCUGUUUUACUGAUGGAUGCAGAAAAACGCAUUCGGUUACUGCAGUUUGUUACUGGGACGUCACGAGUGCCUAUGAAUGGAUUUGCUGAACUUUACGGUUCAAAUGGUCCUCAGCUGUUUACAAUAGAGCAAUGGGGAACUCCUGAUAAACUGCCCAGAGCUCACACAUGCUUUAAUCGCUUAGACUUACCUCUUUAUGAAUCUCUUGAUGACCUACGAGAGAAGCUACUUAUGGCAGUUGAAAAUGCUGAAGGAUUUGAAGGAGUGGAUUAGAACACUUUCUUUUUUCAUGUUCUAGUGUGUUCUGCUACACUUCUACAUUUGCCUAAUGAACUGAGUGACCAUGGCACAACUGUUGCGCAGCAUUGGGUCCUGGAGCAAACUCUUCAACAGUGCAGUUGCCUAAAUUCAGAAUUUUGAACUAUAAUCUGUGGAUGGCUUUUUUGAUGUUUCCACAACCGCUUACCAACUGGUUAAUAUGUAUUCUGACUACAUUUCAGCAGAACUUACUGUAUUUAUGUUGUGCCUCUGUAGA